UUAUUUUUAUAAAAGUGAUGUCAUAUUUGGAACUGAUAGUAAGAAACGUCGCGAGAUCAUCAAUAUUCAAGGAAUAAAUGAAUCCACAGUCGCUGUAUGUGCCAAAGGUUAUAAUCAUAUUGAAUGA